UGAGAGCUUAGUUAGCACAAUUCGUUCGUUCGUUCAAGACACGGGGAGCUCAACCCACAUCCCCCCCCCCCCCUAAAACUUCCAUUUUCACGAUACAAUGACAAAUUAGAGCUUUGCUCCAUCCAUUUCAUUAAAAAUCCUAUAUUUUCUUUAUUUAAAAAAAGGGGAAAAGCAAUGAGCCUCAGCCGUCCGACGGUGCACCCGGUGGAGGCUCCACCGUUGACGGAGGCUGCGGUGCAUGGUCCUAGAGUGAGGAUGAAGGACGUUCAAGGCAUGCCCGGGACUAAAGGUGGCCUUUUUCUUCGUCUUUCUCAGUUCGUUUUCGCCAUUAUUUCCGUCUCCGUAAUGGCCACCACCAGUGAUUUCCGCUCCGCUACAGCUUUUAGCUACCUUGUUCUUGCUGUUGGCUUGCAAAGUUUGUGGAGCUUGUCUCUUGCAUUUGUUGAUAUAUAUGCCCUUUUGGUGAAACGGAGCCUGAGGAACUACAGAGCAAUCCGCUUGUUCACCAUUGGUGAUGGGAUCACAUCGACCCUUACAUUCGCUGCAGCUUGUGCAUCAGCUGGAAUCACAGUUCUGAUUGGCAACGAUCUCGAUAAAUGUGCUUUGAACCACUGCACUAGAUUUGAGACCGCCACAGCAAUGGCUUUCAUCAGCUGGUUCGCCAUGUCUCCGUCGUUUCUAAUGAAUUUCUGGUCAUUGGCAUCCCAUUGAUUGUACUUCUUUGUUAUAGCAUUGUGCAGCCAUUUUCUAUCUGUUGUAUUGGCAAUUGCACCAGCAUGUAAAUAGAUCAGUUUUGCUAGGGUUCCUAAGCUAAUGUAUUUUUCUCCAUUUCUAAAGUACUAUAUUUGGAUCUUUGAGGGAAAGCAACCAUGAAAUUAUAAAUUACUUGUUUUCCCCCUUUUCUCUCAACCUAGCAUUAUUGCCUUAUAGGCUCUGAUAAUAUUGAUAGUUCCAUUACUUGGUACCUUUUAUACAUUGGGUGUUCACCUAUUUGGAUCAAAUUCUAUUUUCAACCCAAAAUCAUCCUUAAAAACUCGAAUUAAUUAGGUCAAUAUUACCUCCAAACCAAUGUUAUUUGUUUUUGGGUCUAAUAGACACGUCAAAGACUCUUCGAUAUUUCAACGGCCUAACAUUUUUUGACACCCUAAAGCCCUAAUUUUCUACUCCGUUAAACCCCUCAACAGUCUUCUCAUUUCCGCUUCGCCGCCGCCCAAAAAGCCCAGUUUCUCUCCUCUCAAAUUCCGAACCCUAAACAUGCCGCCGAAGUUCGACCCAACCCAAGUCGUCGACGUAUUCGUGCGAGUCACCGGCGGUGAAGUCGGAGCAGCCAGUUCACUCGCACCCAAAAUCGGUCCUUUGGGUCUCUCCCCCAAGAAAAUUGGUGAAGACAUCGCUAAGGAAACCGCCAAGGAAUGGAAGGGCUUACGCGUCACCGUCAAGCUUACUGUCCAGAACCGGCAAGCUAAAGUCACUGUAGUCCCAUCCGCCGCCGCUCUGGUCAUCAAGGCGUUGAAAGAGCCUGAAAGGGAUCGUAAGAAGACGAAGAAUAUUAAGCAUAAUGGCAAUAUUAGCCUUGAUGAUGUGAUCGAGAUCGCGAAAGUCAUGAAGCCUAGAUCCAUGGCUAAGGACCUGAGAGGAACCGUGAAGGAGAUUUUGGGAACUUGUGUUUCCGUUGGGUGUACGGUUGAUGGGAAAGAUCCCAAAGAUCUGCAGCAGGAGAUCUCUGAUGGGGAAAUUGAUGUUCCCUUGGAGUAAAACCAAAUGAAAGAAACUGGGUUUUUCUCUUUUGCUUUACUUAAUUGUUUUCUUUUCAAAAGUUUGUGUUUUAUAAGUUUUUUAGGUAGUUGUUAAAAAGAUGAUAAUGAUUAAGUUUCCUGGGGGUUUAAUGAUUAAGAAAAUUGUCGAGCUGGUGAGCUUAUGUUCUGAAUUUUGCUUAUUGUGGAACUUUAUACUUGGAUGAAAAUUUCAAUUUUGAUGAAUGCAUUUUUCAA